UGGACUACAAGUUGAAUUAUGAGCUCUGUAUAGUUAUAUUGUAUACAAAAUGCCGGAUUUUAGUGUAUAAGGGACAUCCUUGGAAGACAAAGGAUCAUUCAGGAAUAGUUGUGAAUUAUGUGAAUUUGAAAAUAGCAGAGAAUAGAUAUAAAAAGGUGCACGUCCUACAAGGGAUGUUUACUUCCGGUAUGUUUCGUUGGCUGGAGCGGACGGGAACGUGAGACGUUAUAAAGCUACAAGUACAAGUGCGGAGAGGGUGUAGAUGAGAUGUCUCUAUUUAUUGCGCAGUUGUAGUUACACCUGUUAUUGAGGACAUUUUGUUUUAAAAGGACAGAAUUUCCACGCGUUACAGAAGGGUUUUGUGGGGAAAAUGGUGGAACUCCGGAGUUACUGCGAGCCGGGCGUGUCCGUACAGCGAGCGUGGACCGAUGGUGGAUUCACGCCCUGCUUCUUCUUCACCCUCGUCCCCGCCGUCCUCGGCACACUCGCCGUGCUCCUCGGCGCCCUCCACUAUGUGUGCUACACUCGCUACGGCACCAACAUAGAGCCCCGAUUCGUGCCGCGUUCCCGCCUUUACAAGCUGCAGCUGGCUCUCUCGGUUCUGCUCGGCCUCCAGGCGCUGGUCUGGAUGAUAUUCCGGGUGGUAUGGGACACGGCGGUGCCCGGGUACGUGGUACUCUUUGGCUGUCUCUAUGCCCUGGGGUGGGCAUGGGCGACGGCGCUGCUGAGGGUGGAGAGGAAGAGGGUUCUAGUGAUGGACAGGACGAGAGGACACAGUGCCGUGCUGCUGUUGUACUGGACGGCGGCAUUCGUCGCUGAGAACCUGGCGUUCGUGUCGUGGGAGAGCCCGAGGUGGUGGUGGGGGUUCGAGAAGCCCGAACAGCUGGUGGAAUUUGCGUUCUGGCUGUUUCGCUAUAUCUGCUCUGGGAUGCUGUUCUUCAUCGGCCUCAAAGCUCCAGGACUGCCGCGAAAACCCUACACACUCCUUAUUAACGAGGAUGUGGAAGGUGGUGGACAGCCGUUGCUAGGCGAUGCAGCACAGAACCAGUCAGCAUGGCGCGACUUUGGAAGGAAGGUGCGUCUCCUGCUGCCGUACAUGUGGCCGAGCGGCAACGUCUUCCUCCAGUUCCUCGUCCUGCUGUGUCUCGGGCUUUUGGGAACUGAACGGGUCGUCAACGUCUUCGUGCCCAUGUACUACAGAAACAUAGUGAACGAGCUGACAGUAGGAAGUCCCUGGAAGACCUUGGCCACCACAGUGUGCAUCUAUGUCCUGCUGAAGUUCCUGCAGGGAGGCGGUGCUGGUUCUUCAGGGUUCAUCAGCAACGCACGUACGUUCCUGUGGAUCCGCGUGCAGCAGUACACCAGCCGCGUGGUGCAGGUCCGCCUCUUCGCCCACUUACACUCCCUGUCUCUGCGCUGGCACCUGCAGCGGCGCACCGGAGAGGUCCUGCGCAGCAUCGACCGCGGAACCUCCUCCAUCGACAGCCUGCUCAGCUACGUCGUAUUCAGCAUCUUCCCGACAAUCGCCGACAUCAUCAUCGCCAUCAUCUACUUCAUCUCCAACUUCAACGCCUGGUUCGGCCUCAUCGUCUUCGUCUGUAUGGCGCUUUACCUCACGCUUACCAUCAUCAUAACCGAAUGGAGGACGAAGUACAGGCGAGAAAUGAACACUCAGGACAACAACACCAAGGCCAAAGCGGUGGACUCCCUGCUGAACUUUGAGACGGUGAAAUACUACAACGCAGAGGAUUACGAAGUAGGCCGCUUUGAGGAAGCCAUCCUCAAAUACCAGUCGUUGGAGUGGCUGACCAACGCGUCUCUGGCUCUGCUGAACCAGACCCAGAAUCUGAUCAUCGGCUCGGGUCUGCUGGCCGGCUCGCUGCUCUGUGCGUACUUCGUCUCCGGGGGGAAGUUUCAGGUUGGAGAUUAUGUUCUGUUCGGCACAUAUAUCAUCCAGCUCUACACACCUCUCAACUGGUUCGGCACGUACUACAGGGUCAUCCAGAAGUCAUUCAUUGACAUGGAGAGCAUGUUCAAGCUGUUUGAAGAGGAAGAGGAGGUGAAGGACGCGGUGAACGCCGGACCCCUGCUCUACAAACAGGGAAAGAUCGAGUUCGAAAACAUUUCCUUCAGCUACGUAGAAGGGAAGGAGAUUCUGAAGGACGUCUCGUUUACGGUCCUGCCCGGCCAAACCGUAGCGCUCGUGGGUCAGUCGGGCUCGGGGAAGAGCACCAUCAUCCGCCUGCUCUUCCGUUUCUACGACGUUCAGCGCGGGUGCAUCCGCAUCGACGGCCAGGACGUUACCAAGGUGAAGCAGGCCUCGUUGCGUUCCCACAUCGGCGUCGUGCCCCAGGACACCGUCCUCUUCAACGACAACAUUCGCGAAAACAUCCGUUACGGCCGAAUCGCCGCCUCCGACCAGGAAGUCGAGGACGCCGCCGUCGCCGCCGACAUCCACGACAAAAUUCUCUCCUUCUCUGACGGCUACGGCACACAAGUGGGCGAGAGGGGUCUGAAGCUGAGCGGAGGAGAGAAGCAGAGGGUGGCCAUCGCUCGCACCAUUCUCAAAGCGCCCCAGAUCAUCCUGCUGGACGAGGCAACUUCUGCUCUGGACACACAGACGGAGCGCAACAUACAGGCCUCGCUGGCCAAAGUGUGCGCCAACAGAACCACCGUUGUGGUGGCCCACAGGUUGUCGACCAUCGUCGGAGCCGAUCAGAUCCUCGUUGUGCGGGAUGGACAGAUCGCCGAGAGAGGGAGCCACGAGGAGCUUUUAGCUAAAGGAGGGCUCUACGCUGACAUGUGGCUGAAACAGCAGCAGGCCUCCGACUCGGACUCUGCCUCCGACUCGGAAACCAAAGACCGAUGUCCUGAGAAACUCCAACCGCCGCCGUCCACCGCAGCACACGGGCAUCACUGAGAGCCACACACUACAUGCAGAGAGGAUUCUGGGAGUUUCAUAUUUUGAUCUAAAUCCAGUUGUGUGUGUGUGUGUGUGUGUGUGUGUGUGUGUGUGUGUUUUUUUUUUUUUUUUUUUUAAAGUAUUAUACCUAUGAUGAAACACUUCUACAUCGUUUAAUGUCACGUUAAACGUAUCAUGAUGUCACCCUCUACGAAUUGUUGCGGCGUAUGCGCGAACCCCACACUCGAACCUCAAACAAACCCAUACACAAAUAUUCUAUUAGAACAGAUCUAUUGGGGUCUUUUUAAAAAAAUAAAAAAGCGUCCGAGACGACGUGCACAUCACGCGGGAAAUCGCUGGAACAAGAAAACUUCCGAUCUGGAAGAGUUUAUGCUUGGCGGUUUCGUUUACUCGAUAGUAGCGGCGUUUAUAUUAAAGUAAGUCUUCGUAAUCUUUAACAGAACUUGAAGCAGGGGGAGAAAUCGGUCUGCUAGAAUCGUUAUAAGAUGAAAUAUAAACUAAAAUUCAGAUUUUAAGACGUUUUUGUGUGUGUGCGUUUUAUGUAGACAGUUGCGACACUUCUGUGCGAGAACGAAACCACGUUCACGUCAUGUGGUAUAAAAUACCGCUUUUGAUUACUCACUAUAAAAGUUCAGCAAAAUAAAUACUAAUAAAAAAAGCACUAACAUUAUCCGCUUAUCCAGGAUGGAUCAUUCGUUUAUCGUGCGAUUAAAGCCAGUAAAGAAGACUCUAGCAAGCUAGGCGAGUUUAGCUAGGACUAUUUCAUUGCCUAAACACUGACAUACGAAACAUUUUGAAGACGUUUUCGUUUUUUUGUUUUUUGUUUUGUUUUGUUCCCCCCCAAGUUGAAUCUCUCUGUCCAUGUUUGAUUAUUUUCUCUCAGGUUACAUAUUUAAUUUUAUGCUAGUUCGUUAGUCCUACAUGACUUUGAUUUAAAUGUGUGUGUGUAUAUUAGGAACGUUUAUAUAAAUAUUCCAUAUAUUUAUGAUGUGAAACUGACUUUAUUGUAGAGGAGGAGGAGGGGAAAUAGGAAUAAAAUGAAUGACAGUACAUAAAGUCGAUGUGUUUAAUCUAAUUUAAGUUCUUUUUUUAAAUUAGGUAAAGUCGUCUAAUUUUUUUUUCUUUUCAGCUGCUAAUUUUGCAGAAAUGCCAAGUUUGAAAAGGACGCUUGCGUUCGGAGACGUACGGGAUUUCGUGUUAUUUAUAUUGUCAGCUUGUGUUCUUAAAGAUGAUGCUCUGUAUUAAGAACUAUUUUAUGCUAUUAUAUAAUAAAGAAGUGCAUAUAUGUCGGUGUUGGAGACAAAGACACCACGCACGUGCUGUUAAGAAAAAUGGGUGUGUGUUUAAAUGUCAGUUUCUAUUUUUAGCUUCUCAGGUCGUCUAUAUGCUCUGGAUUUGUGGACGAAGAUGCCAAAGAAAUGCUGCGAGCACAAGAGAAAGAGUUAGAUAGGGUAUGUUUAAUGUAAAGCAGGUUGUAUUUUUGAAUCUGUGAUCCAUUUACAUAUUUAGAACGUUUUGUUUUGAAUGAAAAUGGCCUUUUGUAUGAGAUGCCUUGUUUUGUACGUGAUUGUGAGAGCGGGUUGUGUGCAUAUUGAAUUUAAUUUAAAAAUGGACCAUGUGAUUUUAUUUUUUUUUUUCUUUUU